AGUCGCCAGUAACAACAAUGGCCGUUGCGUAGGAAAAGCAUAGCAGCAGCCCUGCCCAUUUCGCUAUUCCCAAGAUUCCCUCUUCCUUUGCAAAAUGAAAACCCACAUCUGAUCCUUCUUUUUCAUUUAUUUAUUUAAAACCCCCUAAAACCCCAUUUAUUAUAUAGUACCCAUUUCUCUCUCUCUUUUAACUUCUGUAUUGACUAUUGCUGUGUGAUCUUUCUUUCUUCUAGGAGAACCAAUCUCCUAUAGCCCUUUUAGUUUCAGCUUUCAAGUUUUAAUUUUUUUCUUUGUCAACUUACACAUGGGGGAUCACGGAAAGAUCAAAUCGGACAUUUCAUUUGCUGGAACUUUUGCUAGUAGCGCCUUUGCUGCUUGUUUUGCUGAGGUGUGUACUUUACCGUUGGAUACUGCUAAAGUGAGGCUUCAGCUUCAAAAGAAGGCAGUUGAAGGUGAUUUAGCUUUACCGAAAUAUAGGGGAUUGUUAGGUACUGUUGGCACCAUUGCAAGGGAAGAAGGAGUAGCUUCAUUAUGGAAGGGUAUUGUACCUGGGUUACAUCGUCAAUGUUUAUUUGGAGGUCUUCGGAUUGGGAUGUAUGAACCUGUUAAAAACUUCUAUGUUGGCAAAGAUCACGUUGGGGAUGUGCCAUUGUCAAAGAAAGUUCUUGCUGCACUAACAACUGGUGCAUUGGGCAUUACAAUUGCAAAUCCUACCGAUCUAGUUAAAGUACGUCUUCAAGCUGAAGGAAAAUUGCCAGCAGGUGUGCCAAGGCGUUACUCUGGAGCUCUAAAUGCAUACUCAACAAUAGUGAGACAGGAAGGAAUUGCAAAGCUGUGGACUGGUCUUGGACCCAAUAUUGGGCGGAAUGCCAUCAUUAAUGCAGCUGAAUUAGCAAGUUAUGAUCAAGUGAAGCAGACCAUUCUCAAGAUUCCUGGGUUCACAGACAAUGUUGUUACUCACUUGUUCGCUGGCCUUGGAGCUGGUCUUUUUGCAGUUUGCAUAGGGUCCCCUGUUGAUGUG